AUGCCGAUAGUCCACGGUCUUGGAAUACACAGUGUAUUUCUUCGUUUACCAAUAACUUUAUCAUCUAUUUCACCACAAAAUUUACAGUCUUUACCAUCUGAAAUUGAAAAUUGUCAUUUGGUAUAUAUUCCUGAAGUAGGUUAUGUUAUUGCUGUGACAAAAUGGAGAAUAUUAUUAAAUUAUAGAACUAUUCCAAGUAUACAGUACAAAUUUUCAGCAAAUGGCGUUGAUUAUUUUAAAAGUACUCUCACUACAGAGUUGGAUCGAGUUUUAGGAGAUGUAAAUAAAAAAAUAAGGAAAAGAUCAGCGCGAAUAAUAUUGAAAUUAUCACAUUAUAUUAAAUACUAUUCGGAAGGAAUUUCAGACGCUAUUAAAAAAUGCGCUGAAUUAGAUGCUCUCAUAUCGUUUUAUCAAGUUGCUCAUAAUCAACAUUAUGUGAGACCACAAAUAGUAAACGAACACAAAAUUUUAAUUUACGGCGGUCGUCAUCCAUUAAUUGAACAAACAACAACAUUUAUUCCAAAUGAUACACUAUCUGAAAAUAAUGAAAAUUUGAUCAAAAUCAUUACAGGACCAAAUAGUUGUGGAAAAAGUACUUUUAUUAAGCAAACGGCACUAAUUGUAUUUAUGGCUCAUAUAGGUAGUUAUGUACCAGCAAAAUUUGCAACAAUUGGAUUACUAUCUCACAUAUAUACUAAAAUUACAUGUUCUGAAAGUAUAUCUCUUCAAUCUAGUUUUUUUUUGCAAGACAUACGACAAGCUAGUAGAGCAUUAUCUUCUUCAAGUAAAAAGUCAUUAAUCAUUAUUGAUGAAUUUGGAAAAGGCACAUCUAAAAUGGACUCGAUUGCAUUAUUAUCUGCAAUAAUAAUUGAAUUUAUAAAUAAAGGUACUGAAUGUCCUCACGUUUUAAUAGUAACAUAUUUUUGUGAGAUUUUCGAAUGGAUCCCUGAAAGCAAUUUAGUUAAGUUCCAGACGUUUGAGUUUCUAAUGGACAAAAAUAAUGUAUUAUUUUUAUAUCGACUGAUUAAAGGCCAAAUGACUUGUAAUUAUUCAUUUGUUGUUGCACAGAUAACAUACUUAAAUAAUUAUAUUUUUAAUUUUGCUAAAGAGAUACAGAUGACAUUACAGUUUGGAGAAGCACCACCACGCCCAAAUGAUUUUCGUAGAAAGGAAUUGUCACUAGCCAGUAUUAAUGCAUUAUUUUCAUCUGAAACAGUAAUUGUUUUGACUGAUCUAAAAGGCUUAGUACUAGAUCUAAUGGGAGAUCAAACUACUUAAUUAUAUAAAAAUUAAUUUAAAUAAAAUAUAUAUUAUUU